AUGUCGGGAAGUGGUAUAAGUCUCCGCGCGUUUCGUGACUUGCCCUCUCUUUUGGGCUGCCUAUCCUGUCGACCGGUUGCUUUUGGUGUUUUUCGCUUUGUACGUGUGGCAUUUCGUACGAAACGGGUGGACUUUGAACUCAAUCUGGACACAAUGAAGCCGUACUGCAUUGUAGUUAAUGAACUGGCCGAAGUGAAUGAACAUCUGCACUCGGCCCUUCUGGCGUUUGUCACCGAGCUACUUGCAUCCUCAGUCGAAGGCAUGGAGGACUUGAGUCAGCUGGAGUACAAACGUAUGCUAGUCGGACUGCUCGUACAUUUACUUUCCUGUGGUCAUGUGUUGCCUGUAAUCCGAACAAUGCAUCGAUUAUUCACACGGAAUCGUGUCGAUGUAUCGAUCGCCAGACAUUUUGUCACCGAGGUGUUGAAAAUUGCGGCUCCACCGUAUGAAAUGGAAUUCAUGACAGCCCUUCAUCCUCUUGUGGCUCAUCCGGAUAUUAGUGACGGUCUACGUGCGGGCAAAGAUACUGAAUUUGUGAAUGAAUUUCUGGAUUACUACGAGAAAGAAGCAAACGAGGCACAUUGA